AUGGAACUCGCGGACCUCGAAGUUCCAUCCUCCUCCCCGCAUGCCAGGCAGUGUCUCUCCUCCUCCUACAUCCCCAUCAGGCAGGGUGAGACGAGCUACGUCGUCGUCCUCCCAGUCCACAGCAGAUAUCAACGUCCUUCCACCUCCCAGACGUCCCGUCCUGUCCUCGUCCCUGCUCCUCUGCUGAGCGUGCACUGCCCGGGGCAGGCAGCGGUGUCUCUUCCUACCUCAGUGAAGAAGCAGCAGCAGCACCAGCGCGAGGAGGAGGAUGAAGAUUCUUUCCUGCGCUGGCAGAUCCCUGUCGGAAGAACAGGCGACCUCGGCCUCACCAUCGCCUUCACCCUCCUUAUCACGAGCGUCGGGACGACGUUGGCCAUGGCGGUCAUGGCGCGCCCACUAGGGGCCUCGGACGUGGUGAGGAGGAUCGUCAGGGCAUGA